UAUUUUACUAAUUCUUUGAGGCAUGAUGUUAAUUAAUUUUAGAUAGCUGUCUUUACUUGUUUUUUCCCAACUACCUCAGCUCUUUUCCACUGCGGCGGUCGGCAACACUGCGCCGACCACCGUCCCCAACCCGUUUGACGUCAGAGGUCGAGGUUCACUCUUUUGGGUCGACGUGCUCAGGUUCGGACGCUCAUCCCCACUCUCCGACCUUUGUCUACAGGAUCGGCGUUGUUCUAACCAUCUGUACAUAGAUUUGUAAUUAUCGGUAAAUAAACUAGUGAAUACGACAUUCGGAUCCUUCUUUCAACCCUAGAAUGUAUAACUCGACGCCACGACGAUUCCAUUCGCGGAUGCGAUCGGAUUGAGCGAUCUGACUAACUUCAACUAUUUAGAGGAACCAUUAAUGGUCCCCUCACUGGUGAGCCGGACGUGAUCGACAACGUGGGAGCUCAACACCGAACCUUCCCAAGCCCAGACGCCAUUUACGGAAAUACAGGUAGGCCUCUUUUUCUCUUCCACGCCGGUCAAGCAGCCGAACAAAGAUGGCAGAGCCCGAACCCACGGCAGAAGUGAACAGAGUGGCUCUCAAACUACCUCCAUUUUGGGACAAGACCCCAGAGUUGUGGUUCGCCAAUAUAGAGGCCCAGUUCGCCAUAUCGGGCAUCACAAAGGACAGUACCAAGUACUACUCUGUCGUGUCUGCUCUCAACUCCGAUGUCUUGAACUACGUAAGCGACAUCGUCCUCAACCCACCGGCCGAAAACCGUUAUAAUACGCUUAAGGCCAGACUGCUCGCCGAUUUCUCAGACUCGGAACAAAGGCGAAUCAAAGCGCUACUCUCGGAUAUCGCGUUGGGAGACGAAAAGCCAUCACAUUUAUUAAGAAAAAUGAGGCAGUUAGCCAACAAUAAAUUAGGGGAAGACUUUCUAAAAACCUUAUGGCUACAACGACUGCCGCAACAGACCCAAGCGAUCCUGGCAGCCUCCGACGACGGGUUAGAAAACUUGGCCAUCAUGGCCGACAAAAUAGGCGAGGUAACGCAUGCGAACGUCGACGAAGUCCAAAAAGGCCCCGAUAAUACACAAGUCCAGUUAAGCGAGCUCCAGGCACAAAUAGAAUCCCUUAGUCAGAGAAUUGAACGAUUAGCUCGGCCCCGAGACAAGUCCAGGCAAGGCAGUGGACAUUGGCGGCGGCGCUCAAAGACGCCCAAGGGAGAGGCUAGCCACCUUUGCUGGUAUCACCAAAAAUACGGGAGCGAGGCAAAACGCUGCCGCUCUCCAUGCUCUUUCCGCCAGUCGGGAAACCCAUAAGGAAAUCGCACGAAACGGCCCGGUGCGAUUUCCGACCCGAUAACAAGAGCUGUUUAUUCAUUUUCGACCCCGUUUCCA